AUGCCGGCACCAAAGCGCAAGCUGAAGGCCUUUGGAAAGAAUCGGCGCGAAAUACUGUCGGUGACGACAACGUACGACGAGAAUGGCGACUGGGUAGGUACGCCGCAUCAAGCCAAGAUGCGGCGUGUUGUGAACGAGUCGUUUGACAGGUACUACAGCACAUUGCAGCAGCUAGGCCGUAUGGUAGCUCGCGCCGUGUAUCCGACCUCGACUGACGCCUGCACCUCGUCGGCUUCUUCGAGCGCUGCUGCGCAGGAAGUAUCUGCGGAUGCUGCCGCAUCGCUGUGGAUUAAGGAGAUGGUGUUAUUCCGCACGCCGCUGCUGACAACUUUCUGGAUUAACGACACUGAUCCCCUCGCCUCUCAGGUGCGGGCCUACAUGGAGUCUCUCGACCUGUCGCUUGUGGAGCCGAUCUCGUGGUACCCGAUCGCUGGCAUGGGCUGGAGAAUCCUCGCGGACAAGACGGAGUUCCGUAAGCGUCCCGAAAUGCAGCCAUUGCGGCAGUACUUGAUUCGGCAGACGGCUCUCGGCACGAUCAACCGACAGGAAGAGGUCUCGAUGAUUCCGCCGUUUCUGCUCGACAUCCAGCCAAACGAUGUCUGCCUGGACAUGUGCGCAUCCCCAGGCUCCAAGACGGCCCAGAUGCUGGUAGCGCUUGGGCGCCACAAGGUCGUGCCCUUUGAGUCUGACGCGUCGCCAUUCCCCUUCCAGUACGACAGCGAUGGCCUCGUGAUUGCCAACGAGCUGGACACAAAGCGGGCCAACAUGCUAGUGCACCAGGUGAAGCGGCUUCGCCUACUCUUUCCUUUCGCCCUCUUUACAAACCACGAUGCACGUUACUUUCCCGAGCUGCCGCUGCAGCCUCAACCCGGUGAUGCGGACAAGGCGGCGGCGGCCGGUGCUGAGGUGCUUCGCUUCGACAAGAUCCUCUGCGAUGUUGUGUGCUCCGGCGACGGCACGCUGCGCAAGGCGCCACACAUUUUCAAGAUCUGGUCUCCCAGGGAGGCCAUUAACCUGCAGAAGCUACAGAUCGAGAUUGCGCUGCGGGCGUGUCACCUUCUUCGUGUCGGCGGUCGCCUGGUCUACAGCACGUGCUCGCUGAACCCUGUCGAGAACGAGGCGGUGGUAACGCAAAUUGUGCACCGCACUCGUGGUGCCCUUCGCCUCGUGGACGCCAGACCACUGCUGCCGCGGCUUGUGUGUGCUCCUGGCAUGACAACGUGGACGGUCACGGAUGCCAGCGGACGCGUGUUCGCAGCCCCGGAGGGUAACAUGCACGAGGCGCUGUUUCCACCCCACACCCCUGGUGGGUACAGCUCCACCGCCGUCGAUGCUCUGGACUUGUCGCUGUGCAUGCGUCUCUUCCCUACCCACUGCAAAGGUGGUGGCUUCUUUGUGGCUGUACUCGACAAGGUGAGCGAGUUCCGGCUGAAGAAGCUCAAGGAGCUCAAGGUGGAGGAGAAAGGCGCCACAACAAAUAACGCGGUGGAGGCAGCUACAGAGCAGGCAAUCACCAUCGGCAGUACUGCUCCUCCAAAGCGCGAAAAGGAGACGCACGUCACGAGUGCCGACGACGCGGCGGCAACCGCGGACGCCGGUGGCGAUGGGCUGGAGGCGGAGUUGACCACUACGCCUAAGCCGACCAAGCCCAUGUCUUUGCCGCCCCAGUAUGUUGGCGCACCGGCGGAGAUCCAGCGCGUCAUCAGCGACUUUUACGACGUCCCGCAGUUUCCCAUGCAACUUCUGUUUGUGCGCACCGCCCAGGGCGAGCGCGACUUGCGGUUGUCCCCUGGCUCGGUAUGCAGCAUUGUCUCUCGCAUGGCCGCGCAUGUGCUGCGGCACAAAACGGACAAUGUCAUCAUCGUCUCUGCCGGGCUGCGCGUUAUUGCGUUUGAGUCUCUGGACAAGGGCUGGCGCAUCACGAGCGAGUCUGCGCUCCUCUUCGCAAAGCUGAUGCGCCGUUCCUCACGCCUCGUACGCGUCCCUGUCACUCUCAUUCAGGACAUGAUUGUGAGUGGUGGGAAGCUGAAGGAAAAGCUGCUCGAAAGUGUCGAGGAUACGCAGCUGCGCAGAAGACUUGAGGGCUUGUCGAUUGGUGCCUUCCUGCUGGAGAUUGAGGCACCCAAGGCGCUGGGUGGAGUAUUCUACUCGGUUGCCCUGCGCGCUCACUCGCGCAUUCAGCUCCUCAUAAACCACGAGGACCUGGAGGGUGUGCAGCUGCGUCUCGGCGAAGAGCUGGUAGCCUCGGAAGAGAGUCCAAAUGUGGAAAAGGAAGACGAUGGGUGA